ACAAACCAUUUGGGCAGAUAAUUGGCUCCCUUCCCCGCCACUCUUCUCCUCCACGCGUCGGGAGAAUCGAUACGGAUUGCCACGGGUUGGAAUGCGCUCGCUGGCUAAACCAAAGUCGAGAUUUAGGCUUCUAAUCCGGGAAUCGAUUCGCGUGUCGGCCUAGUUGUUUUUGUGUGCGUCGAGGAAUCGGUUUGGCCACCACCCGCACAAGUCGAGUACCAUGGCGGAGGCGGUCGUUGUCGCCGGCGAGGAGGAGAGGCCCAGGCUGAGUCGCCUCCCGCUCAGCCGCGUCAAGAGCAUCAUGAAGGCCGACCCCGACGUGGCGCUCGCCGCCCACGAGGCUGUCUUCCUCAUCGCCAAGGCCACGGAGUUGUUCAUCGAGGCCAUAGCUAAGGACGCCUACGGAUUUGCGCUGCAGGGAAAGCGGAAAACCCUGCAGAGGAAGGACCUGGACAACGCGGUGGACGCAGUGGACGAGUUUGCGUUUCUAGAAGGAGCACUGGACUAGCCUCGCCCGGGUCGGAGGUCAACUGUUGCUCACCGGCACCACCGAUGAACCGGCUGGUCGCUCGCCCAUCGUCCGCAAUCAACUCCUGGCGACGGGACUGCUGCUUCGGCGUUUGUAGCCGUCUGUCGAACUGGUCACUUGUUGUCCACCGCUGAGUUGAUCAGUCGCUCGAACCAAAUCGCUCUCUCGAAAUCACAAGUUUCAACCAUUUGUUGAAUUGGAAAUUAUUCUUCUCUGUGUGACUGACGCCGCUGUAAAGCAACAGCUGUCAUUUUACAUCGAGGUCGGUAGUAGCGGAGUGGUGCAUUGCCGCUCAGAUGAUGCCUCCUUGUAUAUAUCUUGUGCGUUUGUGGGUCCCUCUUUGCGAGUAUGGUUCUUUAUGUGAAUUCUAUAGAUUUAUAUGAGUCUAUGGUGCUCUGUGUGUCUGUGGCUUAGUGGGAAUCUGUAGAUCUGUGCGAGGCUAUGGGUCUCUGUGAGCAUGGUUCUGUAUGUGAAUCUGUAGACCUGAGUCUGUGGGUCUCUUUGUGAGUAUGCGUCUCGUGUGAAUUUAUACAUCUUCUGUUGCUGAUGUUGAUGUCGAGCAACGGCUGUAAUUUUAUAUUGAGGUGGUUGAGCCGGAUGAUUGCAACAAGAGUGGCAGAGUGGGGUGUCACUGACGAUGCCUCCUCCGUAUUGCUGGAUCGGGCGUUGAGUCUAGGUUAUAUGCUCCACGGUUCCGUUCCGGGUGACCCCACAAUUCUUCGUCCAAGUAAGAACUCGGAGAGACCGGGAUGGAGUCUCAUUCGCACGAGAGAAUGACCUGGGCCACAAUGACGAGAAAAACAAAGGACAACAAUGAAGCAAAUAAACAUCGGAGAGCAAAAAACCAACCAAUUAGAAUUCGGAACAAAAAUAGCAGUGGUACAAAAGAAAUCGAAAACGGUGGACAAACGUAAAUCACUGUUAAAUAAAAUAGUUUCCUCUAACAAUGGUUUGGACAAAUACAAAUUCAUGGUAACAGUUAGCGACACACGCAAACGCAUCUAGGAUGAUUAUUGCGCUAAUGUGUGAACACAAUGAGGGCACCGUUACUUGGCAAUCGCGCGCAAUUUAAUCGUCGCCUGUAACGGCUUUGCCCGCGUCUGGGCGAGUAGUUGCAGCGUGUUGAUGACGCAGGAAUGUCUGGCCCCGCCCCUUUACAGCAUAGCCCCGCCCUCUCGUUAGUCCACCCUCUGCCCGGCCCACACCCGGGAUUGCACUGUGGACCAAUUGUGUGGAUGCGUGUGUAAUCAGAUGGGCGUGCGUGAUUUUUCGAACUUGUUUAUUGUCAAGUGUGGAGUUGUGAUUAUUAAAUUGACUUUUACUCUUGAUCAGAA